UCGCGCCGCCGACUCGAAAAACAGUGUGCUGCAGAAUGUUUCACGUACGGUCGUACGUCCUCUGGUCUCGAUUCGAUCCGCUUUCGUGAUUCAGCCGCAUGGCCGUACGCAUCGCCGUCGUCGCCCCCGAAAAGGUAUAAUCGAUAAAUUCGGAGAAAUGUUUUGUCCGUUCAGCUCCCGUGCUCCGCCCAAGGCGAACGUAACGCAGACCGAACAACAACGACCUUUGAAUUUGAAACAUCUUAGCGAAGCUGUCAAAACUCUCACUUCACCGCCGAACGAUGUGAUUUAUUCAGCUUUCAAGUGCAUAGCCGAAAAAUCCGAUUGUGCGGAAGCCUACGGUAAAAUACUGAGUGAGCUACCUAUUGACUUCUCAAACCCUGAAAUCAAACUCUUGGACAUAAUAUACGAUGUUAUACAAAGUGAAUUUGGUAACGGUGCCAAAGUAGUCGAAACUGUAGGCGCGACGAUCAUACAAGAAUGCCAUGACGACCGACAAAUUCGAGCACUGAAGAGUUUGGGUGGCAACCUGCACCACUUUCUGACCACUUUAGACGGAGUACACGAUGUUCUUCAAUUGGGCGACGAUAAGGAGGCCAGUUCCGACCUCACAUGUCGACCAGGUGAAGAGCCAGGCGUGUUGGAAUUGAACCUCCGGACAAGUAGACCGGAUGGAAAACACGUGGCCCACCUGUUGGCCGGCACACUGUCCGGCGUUGCAGCCAGGUUCUACGGGUCACGACCAGACAUCAGACUUGGCGCGGACCCAAGUGAUCCAUCCUUGUACAGAUACACCAUUAGGACCGCAGCAGUUGGUGAAGAUGUUAAAGACUCCGCCAUCGCUUUGUCGCAUCGAGCCUGUGACCUUAAAAUGGGCGUAACGAGUUUCUGCAAAGCUUUUCCGUGGCAUUUGGUGUUGGACAAACGACUGGAAUUCGUACAGCUGGGCACUGGUUUUAUGAAGCUUUUCGGCAAAUGCUUACAGCAAUUCGGCCGUUCGGUACACACUUAUUUCAAAAUUAGAAGACCGAAGAAUGUGAGGAUUUCAUUUGAUGGCAUCGUGAACAGAGUGAAUUCACCGUUUGUGCUGACACUGUGCUUGCCCGAGCCGUUAAAUCAUCAUUCAGCACAGGGUUUGGAAUUUAAAGGUCAAAUGGUGUUGUGCAAUGAAUCUGAAUCAUUAUUGUUCGUUGGUUCACCACUGCUGGACGGAUUGGACAGCUUGACCAGCCGGAGCCUGUUCAUAUCGGACAUACCAUUACACGAUGCCACCAGAGACGUGAUAUUAAUUGGUGAACAAGCCAGAGCCCAGGAUGGCUUACGAAGAAGAAUGGAUAAGCUAAAAAGUUCAAUCGAAGAGGCAAAUUUGGCCGUUGACAAGGAAAGAGAAAAGAAUGUCAGUCUAUUGCACAUGAUUUUUCCACCAAACAUUGCCAAACGACUGUGGCUUGGGGAAACAAUCGAAGCGAAAACGCACGAUGAAGUGACCAUGUUAUUCAGCGAUAUUGUCGGCUUCACGUCCAUCUGCAGCGGCGCCACACCGUUCAUGGUCGUCAACAUGUUGGAAUGCCUGUACAACAAAUUUGAUGCUUACUGCGGACAUUUGGACAUCUACAAGGUGGAGACGAUCGGUGACGCCUACUGCGUUGCGUCGGGCCUGCACAAGUACAGUUCCAUACACGCGCAGCAAAUCGCAUGGAUGGCGUUGAAGAUGAUCGAAACGUGCAAAACGCAUCACACGCAUGACGGGCAGCCGAUCAGAAUGAGAAUCGGAUUGCACACUGGAUCGAUAUUAGCUGGCGUGGUCGGCGUGAAAAUGCCGAGAUACUGCCUAUUCGGCCAUAACGUGACGAUCGCCAACAAGUUCGAGUCCGGUAGUGAACCGCUGCGGAUAAAUGUCAGUCCUACUACUCACCAGCUAUUGACGAAAAACUCUUCGGGAUUCUCGUUCGAGGAGAGAAGCCGGUCGUGCCUGCCCGUCGGAUUCCCCGAGCACAUACCGGGCACGUGCCACUUCCUGCUGUCGUACGUGCAUCCCGAUAUGUCGACCGACGGCGAACAUGACUUGGACGCUCACAUCGCCGCCGGCCUGCGACAGCUCACCAUGGACAGUUGAACAACGACCGCCGCCUCGUAAACGUACAUUACGGAAGACUUCAUCGUCGUCGCGUUUUAUUAUUGUUCUUUUUUUUUUUAACAUUUUUUUUUUUCUCGUACUCCCGUAGCAGCGUACACAAUACCACCCCGUCCCAAUAUUGCGUAGAACGCAAAAGAAAAUAAAAAGAAAAUAUUACCAACGAUUAUAUCGUAAUUACAGUGUAAAUAAUAAUAUUACGUUAGUGUUCCCGCACACUUACUCCCACCCCGUCACGCCCAAAGCGCGGGCACAGCCGAUUUUAAAGCACUAUAGUAAAAACACUUUUGUAUUCGUACGUAAAAUAAUUACGGACGACGGGCAAACCAUCUCGAGAUCAUAGGAUUGCAAUUUCUUACAGACAGAGAAUCGUCUUUGUUGCGUCUGUGUACAACAAGAGAAUAAAUUGUUUUAUCGCGACGAAUAGAAAAAGAAAAAAAACGUCAUUCACAAUCUCCAAUAACAGCCACUUUUUUUCUAUUCGAGUACGUAAACGGCCGAUCUAACAGUCCGUCGAUUCUUUUGUCCCCAUUGUUUCCACUACGUCUCAUGUAAUGAAAUGUAUUAGUAGCGAGUCAACGACGUUUCGAAACGUUCCUUUUAAUUGAAUAAAAUGUCCGAUCACCAACGUUUCAGGAUCAGGAUCAAAACGUCACGAAUACAAUAUUAUCCUUACAGAAUAUGAAUAGGCAAAAACCGUGACACCGUGUAGCUCGUGUGGUCACUUAAUUAUGGUCUCCGUUUGAUUUAUUCGUUUGAUCACUUAGAAAUUAAUAAAAAAAAAACUAGCAUAAAAAAAAAAAAAAAAACUUUUCGGAGAUUUUGUAAAACUCUUAUGCGUAUAAAAAUACUGUGUUGCAUAUAUCGGAACAUGGUUCGGUAAAAAUAUCUCUCCGGAAGUGAAAUGUUUAAUGUAAGGAACGUAAAACGAGUGUGUAAUUAGAGUAGAUUUACUUGCGCUUCUGGUAAAGGAGAAAAUCAGUAAUUGACAAAGCCUACUGUCCUAACGUCAAAUGUCAAUUUGUAUUUAUCCAACAAUACGUUCGAAAGAACUAAAACUGACAUUUCAAACACAACGAUUACACUCCCUCUUAAUUUUAAUUUUUUUUUUUUUUUUGUAAUCGGAAGUGUGAACCCACACUUAUUCUAAAAUAUUUAAAUCAUUUUUAGAUAUUGGUCUCGUAGUGAAUAGUUGGUGGAAAUAACUAAUUCGCAAAAUCAAAAAUCAAUCAUUGUUUAAAUUAUUUAUGCGAUUUGGAUAGAUUUACAGUAGAUUAUUAGAAUGUGUACAUGGAUAGAUGUACAAGAGUUAUCGUAUCAAAUUAAUCAAAGUCACUUUUUUAUAAAUAUAUCUCCUAAAGUAGAAUAUUACAACGCUUCAUCUUUUCAUUUACAAUUUCUCUUCUCGUUUUCCUUUAUAGUUUUUCGUAAAAUCUUCCUGUACGGCGUAGAAAAUAAUAAUGAAAAAAAUUAUCUUCUGAAUAAAAAACUAAUGUGAUCAAUAAUAUUUCGUAACGAGUUUUGUGUUCCUAGUGUUUAAUGUUUCUAUAAUAAUAAUUUAUAAUUGUUUUAACGUGAAUGUUGUAGCU